GGCCGGUUGCGCAGGAGGGCAAAGGGCUCCCGGGCGCCGCAGCGAGCAGAAGACAAAAGACCAGUUGCAUCCGACUUCACAAUGGCAUCUGAAAACAAGGCCACGAAUACUGGCCCUCCAAAGGCUGAAGAAGAGCAUCAAGUGAACAUAGUAAACAGGGUGGCCAGCUUGCCCUUUAUCAGCUCUGCCUACAACCUGGUCUCCUCUGCUUACAGCUACACCAAGGGGAUACAUCCGUACAUCAGCAACAUCUGCAGCGUGGCAGAGACCGUGGCUGCCAUGGCAGUGGGCAGCGCAGUUGGUGGCGUGCAGCCAAUUCUAAGCCACCUGGAACCUCAGAUCACAUCGGUAAACGAGUAUGCCUGCAAGGGACUGGACAAACUGGAGGAGAGCCUGCCCUUCCUUCAACAACCAACAGAGCAGGUCAUUUCAGACACCAAGCAGAUGGUGUCUACUAAAGUGAUGAGUGCUGUGGAUGCUGCCUAUGGUGCGAAAGAUGCAGUGGCCAGCAGAGUGGCCGGAGCUGUAGAUGUAACCAAAGAUGUUGUCCAGGACAGCGUUGAGCUGACCAAAUCAGUGGUGUCCUCCACAGUCAAUACUGCCAAGGAAGCUGCCUGUGGUGCAAAGGACAUUGUGACCAACAGGGUGACCAAAGCAGUGGACCUGACCAGAGGGACUGUCCAGGACAGCGUUGAGCUGACCAAAUCAGUGGUGUCCUCCACAGUCAAUACUGCCAAGGAAGCUGCCUGUGGUGCAAAGGACAUUGUGACCAACAGGGUGACCGAAGCAGUGGACCUGACCAGAGGGACUGUCCAGGACAGCGUUGAGCUGACCAAAUCAGUGGUGUCCUCCACUGUCAAUACUGCCAAGGAAGCUGCUUGUGGUGCAAAGGACAUUGUGACCAGCAAAGUGAAUACAGUUGUAGGGCGGAGCAGAGAGGCUGUCCAGGACGGCGUGGAGAUGACCAGUUUCGUGGUGACCAACAGCCUAAAUAAAGCCAAGGCAGCGGGCCAGCUGGUGGCGAGUGGAGUGGAUGCUGUGCUAGAGAAAUCACAGGCGCUGGUGGAUCACUACCUCCCCCUGACAAAUGAGGAACUGGUUAAACUUGCCAUAGCCAUCGAGGGUUUCAACAUGGCCUCCGUGGAAGAACAGAAACAGCGUCAGAGUUACUUCAUGCGCCUGGGUUCCCUCUCAAACAAAGUCCGCCACCGAGCCUACCAGCACUCCCUGAACAAGCUGCGGCUCAUCAAGCAAAACACCCAGGACAGUCUUUCGCAACUCCAGCUGGCAAUAAACCUCAUCGAAUACGUAAAACAGGGCGUUGGGCAUAAGCUUCAGGAUAGCCUGGAGAAGCUUCAACAGCUGUGGAUUGAGUGGAGCCGGACCCAGCCGAGAGGGAGCCCAGCUAAAGAUGCUUCCCAGCCUGAGGUCGAGUCUCGUAUUCUAGCCAUGGUGCGUAUCAUCACCCAGCAGCUGCACCCUGCCUAUGUGAAUCUGGUAUCCAGCAUCCAAGGCCUCCCCAGCAACAUCCAGGAAACAGUGCAACAGGCUGUUAACAACGUGCAGCAGCUCCACGCUUCCUUUUCCAGAGCUGAUUCCUUCCAGGACCUCUCCAGCAGCUCCCUGACCCAGAGCCGGGAGAAAAUGACAAAGGCCCAGGAGUCUCUGGAUGCCCUACUGGAGUACGUCUCACACAACACUCCCCUCAACUGGCUUGUGGGCCCCUUCUCUCCGUCAGUCAGAGCGACCCAAGAAGCCACAGAGGAGCCAAAAGAAAUUAUGAUGACAGAGAUGAUAUCAUCUGCACUGCAAGAGGUGGCUUCAGCACAGAAGAAGGUGGCUGAGGUCCCCAAGGCACCAGAGAAGGAGAUGGCUCUGGCACUGAAGGAGGAGGCCAAAAUACCUAAAGCACCAAAGGAGUCAAUGAAAGCACUGAAGAAGGCAUUAGAGGAAUUGACCAAGGCAUCAGAGAAGACGGUGGCUAAAGAAACAAAGAAAUAUCCUUGA